AUGAAUCCAAAACCGACUUAUCAGCCCGAUCAAUAUCAACAACAACAACAGAUGUAUCAAGCAUCCGAUGGGAAAUGGUAUCCUACAAGCUCGAUGCCUCAGGGAUGGCAACAGCAACAACCAGGAUAUGGAUAUGGACAACAGCCUUAUGGCCAACAACAACCGAUGUACCCUAAUUCACAACCUGUCUAUGUACAACAGCAAGGUGGAAGAGGUGCGGGAGCAGCCGGAGCAGGGAUGGGUGUAUGUGCCGCUCUGUGUGGAGCUCUCCUUUGUUUCGAUCUGGGAGCAUGUCUGUUCUAA